CUACAUAUGGACUGAGAGAAGACGGAUACACGAACGUUUCCUGUAUUAUCAUGGUAAAGUCAAACAUCUGAACACCAUGUUUAAACAGAGUUACCAAUUAUGCCUCGUGUUUCUAUUAUUCGUCUGUUUCUAUCAGUCUGUGAAAGGCAACUAUGGUAAACGAUCGAAAUAUCAAAAACACAAAGGAACAAUUCCAUACUAUAGCAAUCGAUAUCAUCAUGCCAGGAGACAAACUGCUUUGUCUCGCACCGGUAAGAGUGAUUCUUCGCCAUUUCAGAUAAUUCUCCGAGCUAUUAACAGAAGACCCGGUCCACAAAUAAAUGGCAGAGGUAAAAAAUCGGUCACGAGAACUUUGGGUAUGCUGCAAAGUGUAUUGUCACAACGUCGUGGGUUAUAUAAUCAUCGAUCUCAAAAGAGUCAAAACGUAUUUGGUGUUCUUCAGAAUCUUCUGAAAAAUGUAAGAAUGUUUAAAAGAAAUAUUGGCAGAUUGUAUGUGUCUGACAUUGUUCGAAGAAGGAUCCCAACCGUAAACGCUCAGGCAACGGCACGAGUAAAUGUUCAGGCAACGGCAGGAGUAAAUAGUCUGACAACAGCAGUGAACACGGAUAGUCAAACUAGAACAUUGAACACACUGAGAGCAACGGGUUGGUUUAAGGAAGUUUCUGAAAAUCGAUUGAUCAUGCAACAAGUACUAAGAGCCAGUCUAAAUGGCGUUAUUGCUGGAUGGAUUGAAACAUUAGCAAGAAGAGAUCUUAUGGAAGAAUUUAUAGAUUAUCCACAGGCCUUUGCAAUAAUUACGAAUACCGUUUUAUCUUCAAGUCAAAAGCAACUCAUUCUGGAUUUAGGAGGAAACGAUCAACUUCAAGAACUUUUGGAAAAUGUUCCAGCAUUUACUUUAAUAUUAAAUUAUGUUCAAACUCAGGACCGAGUACAAAUGAUCGUUACAAUAAGUGAAACUGGAAACAUGGAUAAAUUAAUUUCUAAUCUAGGAGUACUGAACCGGUUUCUAAGUAAUGCUAUUACUCCCGGUCAAACUGCUGCCAUACGGAAUCUAGCAGAGAAUGGACAGCUAGAGCAAUUCAUUGACAACCAACGAGGGUGAACACAUGUAUCAAGUAUAAUAAAAUCUAUAUAAAAUGGG